CUUCAUUUCACCAUGGCAUCCGCGCAGGCAUCGGAGGGGCCUUCUGCUUCGGUCGUGGCAUACCGCCAAUCGGCCCUGUAUCGUAUUGCAGCCCAACCAUACCCAGAGUGGACUCUGUCUGCUAUUUGCGCAGCUGCUGCUCCAGUAGCAGCACGAGCAGGCUCAGGUCUACCUCAUUUUGGUGUUAUGAUGGGCUUCUCAGCGAUAUGGGCCGGAUCCGGGUAUAUGAAGUAUAUGAAAGACCCUGAAAAUGGAUCUGGAACAACCACAGCAUGGUGUCUAACAUACAUGUUUUUGAACAUGAGACGAACCCUUCGCCAGCAAAAGCCUAUUCCCUCAUUAGUUCUGGCGGGCGUCUUAACCAAUCUUGUCAUUUCUGGUCGCAAGACAAUUGAAGUCGAGUUUGGUCUUUAAGAAAGACAUGACUGCCUUGAGUUUUACAAGUAUGUCCAUAUCCUUUUCAUCACUGACCUCAUAUGACGCCUAUACUUGCCUUAAUUCUUGAGCUCUAAAGUGCUUCUUAAUGUUGCAUGGGUGUUGAAAUAAAGUAAAUGGUACUAUACAAUAAAU